CUAUUCCGCAUAAAAAGUCUUCAAAUAGAAUGGAUCGUUUGAAGCAGUGGAGAGAGGAAAGAAAAAAGAAAAUGGAGGAAGAAAAGAGAAAUUCAAAGAAACCAAUGUUUAAAGUUUCACACAUGGAGUAUCAAGGCGAAGCAAGUUUGUACAAGAAAGAAAAGCCAGUGCAGGCCAAGGCAAAACCAGUCAUUCAGACAGUUACUAAACAAGAGGUGCCUUCUACCAGAAUGACAAGAUCAAGUGCUAAGGAAACUGCACCAAGCAAGAAAGCUAUGUUAGAAAAGAAAUCUGUUAAAGAAACUGCAACAAAUAAAAAUGUCCCAUCUAAAAAGACAUCUCCUGUUAGAAGUUCCAGUCAGAAGAAAGAAAAAGCCCAGAAAGCAUCUAAUCUCUAUUCUAAGCUCACUGUAUCAGCUGCAGCUAAAGCUAAGGGUGCAAAUGAUAAACCAAAAGAGUUUUUGAGAGCUAAACCUCAUAAGGUAGCAAAGGUAGCGAAGAAAGAGGUUUCAAAUGAAAACUUGACAGGAUCCAAAAACAUCAAGAUAACUAUAGAUGUAAAAGUUGAAGCCACAAAUAGCUCUAAACGUAAGAAGAGCAUCAACCGUUCCAAGAGUUCUGGAUCCAAGUGCAGAUACAGGAAAACACCUGCUGUCAGAAGGAGCCGUAGUUCAGCAAAGCGUCUAGCCACCCCCCGCCGCUCUAAGAGAAUUAUCUCAGCCCUUAAGAAAGAAACAGGUGAAGAUGUACCUGAUAAAACUGAGGAUGAAGAAUCGUUUGCUGAUUCUUUGGACAAUAGUGAAACACCAGUUAGAAAGAAUGACCAUCAGCAAAGUGGAAAUGUUGAUGAUAUAUCAUUCAGUGAUGAUGAAGUUGCAGAAAAAAGUAUAAAUAACCUUAGUAAGAAUGAUGCAUUUGACAACAAAGAAAAUCUGGUCAACAGGAUUAAGAGCUCAAGUUCUGAUACAAAGCGCAAAUCAAAUUAUUCUCCUUCUACUGCAGUUAACCCCAACAUGGAAAGUACACCUAAAACAAUCAUGUCACCUUUAAACCCACAAAUUGAUCAGGAUUCUGGACUUGCACUCAAAGAAUCGGACUUAACACCGUAUAGUAAACUUUUGGAUCAGAAACUAAAGUCUACUACAAAAAGACGAAGCAGGCGCCUAGAUUUUUCUCCUGCAAAGAAAGCAAGCGUAGAACAUACUCCUACUAAAUACUUGUCAAACUCUGAAACCGGAGAUACUGAGGAUACUCAGAUUUUGUUCGAAUUGAAUAGUACACCAUCUAAGCGAGUUAAAUAUUCAAGUGUGAAACAAGGUGAUGAUAUAGAUAAUGAUAAUCAAAUAUAUUUAGAUUCUGAAGUAGAUAAAAAAUCAGUGUCUAGUGUUUCAAAAAGAAAGAGCACUAGGCUUGCUGCCUUGACAGCAGAAAGUUCAGAAGAAAGUACAUCCAAAAGCCCUAAAACCAGAAAAUCUAUGCGACGCAGCAUAAACUAUGGGAGGAGAAGCAUUCUUAAGCGCAGGUCUCGUUCUGUUGUUGUAUCUGUGAGUGAUGAGGGAACUACAAGUAAUGUUGAUGAAAAUACAAUUACUGAAGUUCAUCUUACAAAUGAAAACCAUCCCCGCCUGGAUGUUUCACUGAAUAGAUCCACUGAAAAUCGCAGAAGUACUCGCAAGUCCCAGGUCAUCCAUGUAAGUGAUGAAGGAACAACCCUUGUGCCUGAAAGCCACACUGUGUACCAAGUUAAAAAAGCUGCUGUGUCUGAAGCCCCAACUAGAGCUUUACAAGAGCUUUCUGUAGAGAAGAUGGGGGGGGAAGGAGAGACCAGCUUCAUUGAGGUGCCUAUGGAUGAAAGUGAUAGCUGUGAAGUGAGCAUACACCAGGCCAGCACAUCUUCAGGAGAUAAAACCCAGUCUACUCAACCCUUUUCACCCCACACUUUAAAUACCAGCUGUACAGAUGCUUCCUCUCAGAACUCUCCGGGACCUUCAGCAGAACCUGUUUCCUCCCCUGACAAGAACCAGGAACUUACAAACUCACCUGCUGCAGUUACACCCAGGUCACUUCGACAGCGCAGGGGCCGAUCAAUUGCCCCAAACAUAUUCAAAACCCCAGGGCAACCAUUGUCUGCUAUUAAAGCCAAGAGUGAAAAGCGUAGACGUAAAACUGAAUACACACCAUCCAAGUCUCCUGAAGAGAUGGUUGAAAUUCUGAAGAAAAGUCCUAUGAUUGAAAUGAAUAGAAGGAAAUCUCGCUUUGCAGCCAAAUCUCCAGAAUUGAUUUUCCCUGAUGUGUCCAAAUUUGACUUGAUGCUCACCGAGGUGACUCAGCUUGAAAAUAUGAACACUGGAGAUAAACCUGCUGAAAUCACAAUCUCAAAUGAUACUGAUGGACAAGUUUCAAAUGAGGCUAUUCAAGAAAGUUCCUACAAAAUGGAGAGAGUGAAAUAUUUUCGAGAUCUUGUCAAAGUAGAAACCAAAAGGCUUAACGAUCUUUGUCAAGAAUGGACUGAAACUAUUUCUAACACCGCUGACUUAGGAGAAGACAGCGAGGGACAAAUCAGAUCAACUGUUGGGAAAGCCCAGUUGUUGAUUGAUCAAAGGUUUAAGCAGUUCAUUGGGUUGGUUGACAACUGUGAAUUUGAUCUUGGUGAAAAAGAAACUACCCCUACAGAUUUGCAAGGAUUUUGGGAGAUGAUUUAUUUUCAGGUGGAAGAUGUAAACCAAAUGUUUAGUAGAUUAACAGAACUGCAAAACAAUGACUGGCAGGUCAAACUUACCCCAGUUAAAAAUGUACCAAAGAAGAGACCUGCAGUGAAAGUUUCUAAAUCAAAGGUUAAAUCAAAUUUUGCUGCUUUCCGGCAAGAAAUGAUGAAUAGAAAAAAAGAGGUGACUUCAGACAAAAAUAUUGAGAAUGAAUCUAAAGAUGACUCAGAAAGUGUCAAAGUUUUUGAUGCUGGGUUUUUUAAAGUUUCUAGUCCAGUGAAACUUCAGUCAGGUAAAAGCACGCCAUGUAACACCCCUAAGAAAGAACAGGUUGAAGAAGUUGCUGUAACACCACCAAAGGACGCAGCUGCUAAUCAACAGAACUCUCCAUUCUGUAACAUAGAAAAUGUGGCAAUGGCCACCCCACAUAACAGGUUAUUAUCUGUCAAGAGAAACAGCUAUGUGCCUGCAAUUCCUAGUCCCCUUCUUAAUGAUAUCACAGGCAUAAAAACAAAGAAGUAGAAGACAUGUAUUUUAAUUCCUCACAGUUUUAGUAUGGCUUUUAAAAUAAGUAAUUAUGCUUGUACAUACUGCUGGAAACACUGGCCAAUGAGAAGCAAUCUUAUAUUGUAAAUAAAUAUAGGUAAUUUCAAUAUUUGUUAUUGGUGUUGAAAUUCUGGAGUGUUUUCCAGCACACAAUUUUAGAUUUUUUGAAAAAUAAAAUAAUUGCACUUAAGUUAAUAGUAAAGCUUGUCACCCAAGAAUUAUGAAGCUUUAAGAUUCUUGUGAUUCUAGGGUGUAACUGCUGGAACUACAUGAUUUUGGUUUGUGUACAAAGUUCCUAUAGGAUGACAUAUGCCUUGUUUAGUAUUUAAGAAAUAUUUUUAAGUUCGUGAUUUAUUGGCUUCAAAAAGCUGCGUUAACAAUUUAAAUUAAAUCUUAUGUUCUAACGUUUACAUGAGAUAAGAUUUGUCAGCUAAAAUUAUUUUAAUUUAAUUUCUGUUAUUAAUUUGACUGAAAAUGUUUAAUUCAUUAGUAUAUCAUUGUUGUUUUAUUAAUUUGAUACAUAUUUUUAAAUGUAUAAUGUGACAUAAUUAUAUUAGAAACAUUAUCCAACAUAUUUUUUUUUAUUACCAGUAGAUCUAUAUAUUAUAUACAAUUAUUUUUUUAUGUUUGUAAAAAUUUGAAGUUACUUGCUAUAAAACAAAACUUUAAGAAGAGGCCUUAUGUGUUUACACUGCUGUAACAUUGAAAGAAAGUGGUAAUAAUUAGAAAUAUGAGUUGCUGUUAACUGCAUCAUUUCUUGUACCAACCUUCAAGUACUGUAACUAAAACUAAACCUCUUUCAUUUCAUAUCAUUUUUUAAAUGCUUGAUCAAUAAAAAUGAAAACCUGA